AGGAAGUCCCGCCCCUCCUUGAAAAGUCAAUGGUGGCCCGGAAGGAUCAAAAAGGAGCCAGCGAUUUCGCCGCGUGAAUUGCUUUUUAUGAUUGGAAAGGUCUUCGCUUCUAGAGCUCUAGCCGGCGGGGCGACCUUGCAGUGCCAGGACUCGGCACCGCGCCCCUCCUCCGCCGGUUGGUGGCCUGCGUGACCCUGUCCUCCCGUCGACGUCGAAAGGAAGCCGAACGUGGGCGGGCAGAGAGCUUCAUCCCAUUAGGAAUGGCAGCCCCAUCUAUGAAGGAAAGGCAGGUCUGCUGGGGAGCCCGGGAUGAGUACUGGAAGUGUUUAGAUGAGAACACAGACGAUGCCUCUCAAUGCAAGAAGUUAAGAAGCUCUUUUGAAUCGAGUUGUCCCCAACAGUGGAUAAAAUAUUUCGAUAAAAGAAGAGACUACUUAAAAUUCAAAGAAAAAUUUGAAGCGGGGGAAUUCCAGCCUUCAAAAACAACUGCAAAAUCCUAGGCUGUUCAUAAAGAUUGACAGUAUUCUUUCUGGACAUUAAAAAAAAGCUCUACUGACUAUGGGACAGUAGUAGCCUGAAUCAUAGUGAACAUCAACAUUUAUUCCCUGUAUAUGACUCUUGAUAGUUAAGAUGAUCAAGAACCAGAUUUGUAAAAAAUUGAAAUAAAAUGGUAUUUAUAAUUUAAUAAGGAAUCUCUUGUUUUACAAAUUAAAACCUGUUAUAAACACA